AUGAACAAGAAAGUUGCAUUGUUUCUAACAACUGGGCUAGUUGCGAUAGGAUUUGUGUUUGCUGCAGAGCCUGCAGCAGGAAAAGAAGGAGCAGAGGCUGGUGCAGAAAAGCCAAAGAAGAAGGGGGUUUUUUCUAGGCUUGCUGCCUACUUUGGCAGUUUUUUCUCAAAGAAAAAUGGUGAAAGCGAUGAAGAUCACUCUGAAGUGCAUGUCGGCGGAGGAGCAACUGGGGCUAUUAGGGUAGAGAACGCUCCGAAGGCGCAGCAAGAAGCUAAGAAGAACAGCGAGAAUCCUGCGAAUUCCUCAGAAAAAGACACUGCUAAGGAAGGCAAGGCUGGAAAAGCGGGUGAAGCUGAAAAGCCAGAAGAUAAAGCUGAAAAGCCGGAAGAUAAAUCUGAAAAAUCGGAAGAUAAGGCGGAAAAAUCGGAAGAUAAGGCCGGAAAAAAAGAUGAGGCUGGAAAAAAAGAUGAGGCUGGAAAAAAAGAUGAGGCUGGAAAAGAAGGUGAGGCUGGAAACGAGAAAGAAAAGAAGGAAGGUGCAGAGGCCGAGGAAGAGAAGGAGGAAAGUGCAGGAGCCGAAAAGAAUUCAAAGUAG